UAAAUUAGAUUAAUUAAUUUUAGGUACUUAAUUUCCACCAACACCGUUUUGCCUUUUCUAAAACAUGGCAGGUGCAGAAUCUGGAUCUAAAAAGUCGGUUUUGUUUAUUUGCCUUGGAAACAUUUGCCGUUCUCCAAUCACUGAAGCUGUGUUUUUGGAUAUAAUUAAAAAGAAAGGACAACGCGAUCAGUGGAAUGUUGAUAGCGCUGCCAUUGGGGACUGGCAUGUAGGGGGACCCCCAGAUAAACGGACCAUGAAAACUUUGAAGAAGAAAGGAAUCGAAAACUACCAGCAUGUUGUUCGACAGAUUAAUGUAGAAGACUUCUACAAUUUUGAUGUUAUCUUUGGAAUGGAUAAACAAAAUAUAAAGGACCUUAAAGACAUUCAACCUAAAGGAAGCAAGGCUGUACUGGAAAUGCUCGGGACAUAUGACCCUGAAUGCAAACUCAUUAUUGAAGACCCUUAUUAUGGUUCAAGGAUCGAGGAUUUUGAGGAGGUGUUUGAUCACGUCGUGAGAUGCUGUGAAGCAUAUCUCAAGAGAAUUCAAACCGAGGCACCUUGACAGCCGAAUAUUUUGACAGACUUGUUCGUCUUGUUUUACUACAUAAACCUGAACGUCGUUACCCUUAUGAUGUAGUGGAAAGAUAGAUGCAUAAGUAAGCUUUAAAAAUGAGAUGCAGAAGGGAGUGUUAUUGCAAUGUAUUUCUCAAUUGGCAGUACCGCCAUAACAAUCUUUUAAUAGUAUAUUCUACUGUCACCAUACCAUGUGUUCUGCCUCAUAUUGAAAUGAUUUUAAAUCUAAUAUUUAAUCAUGUUAAAUGAUUGUUAAGGACAGUUUUAUAUGUGUUACGUAGAUGGUCGGCAUCGAUGUGAAAUAAAGAUAUUCCUGAGAGAAAUUCAUUUUUCUUUACCUUGCAUUGUAAAACCAGGGUAAAACUUGUAGUGUGUAAAAUGUCAAUAGUUUAUUAGUUUGUGAUGUAGAUGAAAACAUGUACUGUAUAAGAAACUUUAACUGUCCUGAAAAUUUGCGAUUGCAGUACAAAAUAUUGAAUUCAUUUCUUUUUCAUACAAGUUUUAUGAAAACUUUCCUUUUUUCCAUUUUCACUCUUUUGUAUAUUUAUCUUGCUAAAGCCUUGAUAAAGUCAAUACAUGUAUAUACUCUAGUCUUUAUUGUGAAUCUAAUCUCAUAGGAUAUGGAAACUCCUGUAAGAUACCCUAUUGAAUUAAUGGAUAUUAUAUCACUAAUAAUUCGUUACAUGUGUUAUCUUCUUGCUCCUCCUAUCAGCUUUCCUGCUCCCUCUUGUGAUAUUCAUUUUGUUUCUAAUCAAUCUAAUUAAAAUCUUAUAUUGUUAUUUUAUUAUAUUUUAAUUAGAUUGGUUUCUAAUAUAGGUAGUUGUAGAAACUCGGGGAGAUGAUUUAUAAAGUUGUGGUUAUGUGCGUUAAGUCCUCUCGUGUAAUUAGAGAAUGUAGUAAUAGACUAAGUACAGUGAACAAAGGAAACAUCCAUAUUCAAAUACACGGUAUCAUAUUAGUCAGAUAUACAUUAAGAACAUAAAGGGAAUACUAUUUUUCCGAUUGGAUGCAUUUGAUGUCUUUUAUUAUAACACCGGUUUCCUGCUAAAUCCUUUAUUUUUCUUCGGUCUUCAGCUUUCCUAUUACGAAAACAGUUAUGACCAACACUAAAGUCCAUCAGUAGUUCGCCAUACACACAUAGAACCUCUAGGUUGUUGAUAUUUACCUUUCAAGUUCUUUAGGAUGUGUUAUGCAUUUGAAAAUAAAGACAGUAUUGAUAUGUUUUG